AUGGCUCGGGGCGGGACAGGGGUGGAGGAGGCCUCCCUCCGCUCCAAUGCCCUGUCAUGGCUGGCCUGUGGAAUGCUGGCCCUCCUGGCCAAUGCAUGGAUCAUUCUCAGCAUCUCAGCCAAGCAGCAGAAACACAAACCCUUGGAACUAUUGCUCUGCUUCCUGGCUGGCACCCACAUCCUCAUGGCAGCAGUGCCCCUCACCACCUUUGCUGUGGUGCAGCUCCGACGCCAGGCCUCUUCAGACUAUGACUGGAAUGAGAGCAUCUGCAAAGUUUUUGUCUCUACUUACUACACGCUGGCCCUAGCCACCUGCUUCACUGUGGCCUCACUCUCCUAUCACCGAAUGUGGAUGGUCCGCUGGCCUGUCAACUACCGGCUGAGCAAUGCCAAGAAGCAGGCACUGCAUGCUGUCAUGGGCAUCUGGAUGGUCAGCUUCAUCCUAUCCACACUGCCUUCCAUUGGCUGGCACAACAACGGCGAGCGAUAUUACGCCCGGGGCUGCCAAUUCAUUGUCUCCAAGAUCGGGCUGGGUUUUGGGGUCUGCUUUAGCCUCCUGUUGCUUGGUGGCAUCGUCAUGGGGCUGGUGUGUGUGGCCAUCACUUUCUACCAGACACUGUGGGCCCGACCCCGUCGGGCAAGACGGGCCCGGAAAUCAGGGGGUAGAGAGGGAUCAAGAGGGGGAGGUCCUGGGGGCCUAGGAACCCGGCCAGCAUUCGAGGUUCCAGCCAUUGUAGUGGAGGAUGCCCGAGGGAAGCGUCGUUCUUCGCUGGAUGGCUCUGAAUCAGCCAAGACGUCCCUGCAGGUCACCAACUUGGUCAGCGCCAUCGUCUUUCUCUACGACUCACUCACUGGGGUGCCCAUCCUGGCAGUGAGCUUCUUCUCACUGAAGUCAGACUCUGCGCCCCCCUGGAUGGUGCUGGCGGUGCUGUGGUGCUCCAUGGUGCAGACGCUGCUCCUGCCCUCCUUCAUCUGGUCCUGCGAGCGUUACCGAGCCGAUGUGCGCACCGUGUGGGAGCAAUGUGUGGCUAUCAUGUCCGAGGAGGACGGCGAGGAUGAUGGAGCCUGCAAUGACUAUACUGAUGGACGGGUCUGCAAAAUUCGUUUUGAUGCUAACGGGGCUGCUGGGCCAGGGGGACAAGACCCCACCCAGGUGAAGAUGCUGAGUGGGAGGCACAUGCUAUUUCCUCCUCAUGAGAGAGUCCACUAUUUGCAGGUCCCAUUGUCCAGGAGACUAUCCCAUGAUGAAACCAACAUCUUCUCUGCUCCUCGUACACCUGGCUCCUUCCUGCAUAAGUGGUCAUCUUCAGAUGACAUCCGGAUAAUCCCAUCCGCAAACAGGGAACUAGGGGCACUCCGGGGCAUGGAAGAUGAUGAAGAGGAGUCUGGAGCAUUGACCAAUCUGCAUCAAUUCCUGGAAAGCAGAAUGCUAGGAGGAGGUGAAGGACCUCCAAGGGGACACGGCUUCUUCCGAGAUGAGAUCACUACCUUCAUUGAUGAGACACCUCUGCCUUCUCCAGCUGCCUCCCCAGGUCCCUCUCCCCGUCGGCCCCGGGCGUCAGGUCUCUUACCCCGUCGUCUUUCCCUAGGAUCUCCUGAUACUGGGGUAACAGGAGUGUCUACGGGGCUAUAUACAGGGCGACGGUGCUCCCUCACUGGAGUUGAGGGGGACUCACAGGCUUGGGGUGGAACUUGGGGCCCAAACACACCUAUAUUCCACCCAUUGAGCCUGUGAGCCCAUGGUGAAUCCAACAGACUUAAGAGGAAGGGAGCCUGGGGUAGAUGUCUCCCUUAACCUAGUCCUGUCUACAACUAGCAACAGACUUGAACCCAGGACAACUGUCAGCAGCAGACUUAGAAGGGAAUGGGGGAACUGGAUUUGGGGCAUCAUAGCUCUG